AUGAAUGACGAGGAGGAAGAGUAUCAGCCGCUGGAUAUCGCUUUGGUGCCGUAUCCAGCUCAGGACAUCGCAGCGCGAGAGCCCAUUGGGAAGGUUCAAGAAGAGACAGUAGGCAAGAAUAGUUCAGCAGAUGAAGCCAAUCCUGCUGAGAUUUAUCUUUAUGAUAGACCACAGUUGCCCCUGCGGCAGGAGGAAGACAUUUUGGAAAAGGUGCCGAUCACGACGAUCAGCGAACAAGUGACCGAACAGAGGGAUGUGGAACAAAAUAGUAGUAAUGAGCUCCCUGUUCAACAAAAUGUGCAGUUAGAGGGAAAUUUGGGACAUAUAGCUUUGGAGAGUCGUAAAUUGGACGAUAGUUUGGGACCAGCACCUUACGAGACUGCCGAGGUUGGAAAUCGGGCUCCAGAAGUUGCUGAGCAACCGUUCUAUGUGAAUGCCAAGCAAUAUUAUAGAAUUCUUAAGAGGCGUUAUGCUAGGGCGAAAUUGGAGGAAAAUAUACGUAUAUCAAGAGAGAGAAGACCGUAUUUGCACGAAUCACGACACAAGCAUGCGAUGCGAAGGCCAAGAGGUCAAGGUGGGAGAUUUUUAACGAUUGCUGAAAUUGAAGCUAUUAAAUCGAAGGAAUCGUCGGAUGCUGGGCAGUCACCGAAUACAGUGACACCUCCAGUAGAUACGGUCAAGGAGAUAGACCCUGAAGCACCGGUAAUAACACAACAAGACACAAGUCAGAACAAACUCGCACCGUUAAGGAAGAGCGAAGGAUAG